GAUAAAUGGUUUGCUGCCGCACAAAAAGAGCUACAAUCUCACUUGCAAAAUGGCAGCUGGAAGAUCGUUGACAGAGACGCCAAUAAGACAAAGAGGAAACCCCUUACCCUUCGCUGGGUCUUUGACAUUAAAAAGGACGAUGGCCGCUAUAAAGCCCGCCUCGUUGCACGGGGAUUCAAUCAAGUUAAAGAUGUAGACUUCCAUGAAGUAUACUCUUUUGUUGCAAAGCCUAUGUCAUGUAAGAUCUUCUGUGCCAUUGCCGCUGCACUAGGCUGGAGCUUCACCAUUUCGACAUCAAGGCCGCACCUUGAAUGCAGAUAUCAAUGGAGACAUACACAGUCGGGAUCUAUCUCUCUCUCCCAGAAGAAGUUUAUUGCUACUCUUCUUUAUCAGUACGGCAUGCAAAACUGUAAGCCAGUGUCAACCCCAUUCAAUGAGAAAGAACCUCUGAUUCCAUACACUGGGACUACGUCACUCGCAGCAUGCAAGCUCUAUCAAGAGCAAGUGGGAAAAGCUAUCUGGCUAAUGGUUGGGACUCGACCGGACAUCUCCUAUGCUACCAUUCAGCUAGCAAAGCAUGCUAGAAAUCGGGGUCCCCAGCAUAAACAAGCUGUCAAACGCCUGUUUCGUUACCUAGCAGGCACAGUUGAUCUUCUCAUCUGGUAUCACCGUGAUCCUGAUCAAGCCACUCAUGAUCAUGAUCAAUCACGAACAUUUCGUGAUCCUGCUUCCUUUUCUUCAUUGUCACUCCAUGGAUUCUGCGACGCUGACUACGUUGACCCGCGUUCAACAAAUGGAAUCUCUACGUCUGGCUUCGUGUUUCACCUUGCUGGAGGUCCUAUCAACUGGGCUUCCAAAAAGCAGGCAUGUUUUGCAUUGUCAUGUACUGAAUCCUAG